CCCUGUCCUCCGUCCCCCGCCCCUUCGGCUCCCUGCUGGCCCGCCUGCAGCCGCCAGCCACCGCAGCGAGCGCUCGCUCGUGCCUUCCUCGGAGCUGUCCAGGCUGUCAGUGCGCAGCCCUGGCCGGCGGCUGCUCCCGGAGCCCGAGUGGGAUCGUGGGAUCGCAGAAUCGCGGGAUCGCAGAGGGCGCGGACGCAGCCAGGUGAGGCUGCCUGUGGUGUGUGCAAAAGGAAAAACUGGGUCUGAAUAGACAUCUGUGACUUGCUCCAGCUCCAUCCUCCCUGGAAUUUCCAAGGGACGACAUCCCUCUUCAUCAUCUGGGGCUGGACCAUCGAGAUGCAGAGAGUCAUGUCGCUGCUGACCACUGGGCUUCUGCUGAGCCUGCUUGGCCCUGUGGCCUGCUGGGUAGUGGGCUCAGGCUCUGAGCUGCGCUCAGCCUUCUCCGUGGCCCGGACCAGCAGCCUGGAGGGUACUACCGAGAUGGCAGUGACCUUCGACAAGGUCUACGUCAACAUUGGAGGUGACUUUGACCCCGGGACCGGCAUGUUUCGCUGCCGAAUUCCGGGGGCCUACUACUUCUCCUUCACUGUAGGCAAAUACCCUCAGAAGAGCCUGUCAGUGAUGCUGGUGAGAAACAGGAAUGAGGUGCAGGCCCUGGCCUUUGACGAGCAGCAGCGGCCUGAGCGCAAGGCAGCCAGCCAGAGCGCCAUGCUGCAGCUGGACUAUGGGGAUACGGUCUGGCUGCGCCUCCAUGGGGACCCCCAGUAUGCCCUCUACGGCUCAGCGGGGGGGCCCUGCACCACCUUCAGUGGCUACCUCAUCUAUCCAGACACCUCCUCCUAUUUCCACAGCCACCAGGGCCUCCCUGCUCAGCUGCCCGGAGCCCUGGCAGCAGAGCGGGAGACCGAUCCCCGCUCAGCCUUCUCCGUGGCCCGCUCCGAGAGCCUGGUGGGGAUCGACGAAGGGGCUUCUGUCAGACACAGGCCACUGACCUUUGACACGGAAUUCGUCAACAUCGGAGGGGACUUUGACGCUGCUUCUGGGAUCUUCCACUGCCGCCUGCCUGGUGCCUAUUACUUUUCCUUCACCAUUGGCAAGAUGCCUCACAAGAUGCUGUCGGUAAAGCUGAUGAAGAAUCGCGAUGAGGUGCAAGCCAUGAUCUAUGACGAUAGCCCCUCGAGGCGCCGGGAGAUGCAGAGCCAGAGUGUGAUGCUGGCCCUGAAACCUGGGGACACCGUCUGGCUCCACAGUCACCAGCACGAGGGCUAUGGGGCCUAUAGUAAUCAUGGCAAGUACAUCACCUUCACCGGCUUCCUGGUCUACCCAGACCCCCCACCAGGCCAAUUCAGCCCCCUGGGCCCCUGAUGCGUCCUCCCAGGGGGGCCCGUGGAAACAGAAGACACAGCUAGGGUGCGGGAGGGGGAGGGGUGCAUGCUGUGUAUACGUGUGUCUGUCUUUAGUGCCCAGGUGGGCUCAACUGACAUGUCUGUAUCACUGUGUGAGCAUGAAAGCUGCAAGGACUGCGGGAGACAGGUCACUGGGGAUGGAGGAGGUCUGGACUUGGGCCAAUAAAAAGCCGGGCUCCAAGGGACUGCAGCUGCCGGGAUCUAAGCCAGAA